AUGACGCGGAAGCAGCCAGCGGCGCGGCGGCGGGGCGGGGGCGGGGGCGGGGGCGGGGGCGCCGUCGCGGGCGAGGGGACGACGAGGGCGGCGCUGAAGCGGGGGGCGUGGACGCCGGAGGAGGACGAGCUGCUGGCGCGGGCCGUGGCCCGGGAGGGGGAAGGGCGGUGGCGCACGCUGCCGCGGCGCGCGGGCCUGCUGCGCUGCGGCAAGAGCUGCCGCCUCCGCUGGAUGAACUACCUCAGGCCGGACAUCAAGCGCGGGCCCAUCGCCGCCGACGAGGAGGACCUCAUCGUCCGCCUCCACCGCCUGCUCGGCAACCGGUGGUCGCUGAUCGCCGGGCGGCUGCCUGGGCGCACGGACAACGAGAUCAAGAACUACUGGAACUCCCACCUCAGCAAGAAGCUCAUCGCGCGGGGGAUCGACCCGCGGACGCACACGCCGCUGGCCGCCGCCGCUGCUCCUGCUCCUGACAAGACGCCGCCGCCUCCACCGGCAGUCAAGCCCAAGCCUCCGGUGGCGCCGCCGCCGCCGCCACCGCCAGAGCAGCCGGGUUCUUCGUCCGGCGCGGGCGGCGUUGGAGACGACGACGACGGAGGCCGCGACUUCCCCGCCAUGACGGGCCUCGGCGCCGAUGUCUUCGAAGGACUGGAUGAUCCGUUCUGCGCCCUGGACGCCGCGGGUCGUGGCGGCUUCGGCAUGGGCUGCGCCAUGGUCGACGACGGCACCUUCUCCUCGUUCCUGGACUCGCUGGUCAGCGAGAAUCAAUUGGCCUAUUACUUCGGCGAUCACAAGAACGCUGAGGGUGGUGACAACGAUGAUCAGGCUGGAGCUUAGCUGAUCCACCGUUCCCAGGACACAGUAACUUCAUCUGCAUUAGGCCAAUCAUGGAUGAGCACCUAUAGAAGUACUGCAUGCUUUUUUCUUUGUGGUGGUGGUGGUGGUGUUCGUAUGUGUGAUACGGUGAUGAAAUCAUGGGAAAACUAUAGGAGAUAACAAGAAGAUGUAUGGGUUACUGCAUUGGUACUGCAAGGUCUGGUUUAAUGUCUGCACCUACUGCUCAUGUGUGCGCAUUAUGUCAGGCGAGCAGUUCAGCGGUUACAGGUAACAAAACUGCAGGUCCACCCAUCUAUAUA